AUGGUUGAGACGAGACCGAGAUAUCGACAACUGCWGGGAGAAGAUGACCAUGGUCUUGCUGCAGUCGCUGCACAGCGUCGAUCUCCGACAACAACGAUUAUCGUUGCAAGCCUGGUCAUGUCUUUGGCAAUGAACAUAGUCUUGACUUUUCUGCUUUUCUCGAGAACCCCCUCCGAUCGGACAGGCUACGCGGGCUUAACAUGGAACAUUCCCAGUACGAUGGGGAACUCGUCUCGAUUCAUGGACCGCCAUCACAAAACGAAGACGGAUCAGGCGUGGGACUCGAUAAACUUCGAUGCUGGAAUGAUUGCAAUCAGUGACGAAGAAGUGCGAGUACUGAGUCUACCGAGAUCUCAGCGCUUUCCGUGGGACGAUUCCAAGGGCAUUUAUCUGCUCAAUGCAUAUCACAACCUGCACUGCUUGAAAUGGCUUUGGAAGUCUCUCGCCAAAUUUCGGGAUGGCAAGGAAUUCGGAAAUCUUGAUUGGCAUGGUUUCCACUGCCUGGACUCCCUGCGACAAGACACCAUCUGCUAUGCUGACGAUACCCCGAGAUACACCGGAGAAGGGCAAAACAACGAAACGAGCGGGUUCCAUCAAGCACGAAUGUGCCGCGAUUGGAGCAAGCUUGAGCAAUGGGCAAACGAACGAUCGUCUUGCUAUCGGUUUCUCAAGAAUGGUGUCGACGACCCUCUGGAUAGACACAAGUUCUGUCCGGAGAACAGCCCUUACAGCGAUGUGAUUGCGACAAUCUACGGACCGACUGAGGAAAACAGACUGGUUGGGUUAUACGGAGAAAUGGCUUCGUGA